AUGCCUUCCUCCGCCAAGGUUGUCUCCAUCCUCACUGCGCUGGCCGUCGGCUCUGUCGAGGCCGCCAUGGGCCCUGCCUUUAGCACUGGCCCUGUCUCGGACAACUCUUGGAUACGCGAGGCUACCUCGACCUUAGUCCUGCCUCAAGCUCCCAGUGACAACAGUGGUGUUCUUUCCCUUUGGGUCGGCAUGGGGACUUCCAACGGCGACUUGAUCCAGUCAAUCGCCGACAACUGGCAGUCUGAUUCCUGGAGUGUGUAUGCGUACACUCUGACCUCAACGGGAGCCAAUUCUCAGAUGCCGGUCCAGGGACCGUCCUCCGACGCUACCGGUGGACAGCGAGUGACUAUGCACUACAAGUUUGACGACGCCAGUGGAAAUUACACUCAGACUGUUCUGGUCAACAACCACACCGUGUCUACUCUUUCCACCAGCGACGGCCACGCCCAGGGCUGGGGUAGUUCUGUUGAAUGUGCCGAGGAGAACUGCGGCACUGUUGCUGCCCACUCUUGGAUCAACACCAAAAUCGUCCUCGACACGGCCGACCCCGACUACAUUAACACUGUGACUAAAGGCGACGGAGUCACCGGUGACAUGAAGACCAGCGAUGGAGGCAAGACCUGGACUGUCAGCCGCAUUGACAUCCCCGAGUACAGCUUCUAA